AUGGUGGAUCUUAUAUUUGUUGUUCGUAAUGUAAAUCAAUGGCAUGCUGAAAAUUUAAAACUUAAUCCUAAACAUUAUGCUCAACCAUUAAGAUUUCUUGGACAUAAAGCAAUUACUAAUGUACAAGAAAAAUGGGGUGCUAAAGUAUAUUAUAAUACAUUAGUUAAAAUGAAAGAAGGAUAUACUAUCAAAUAUGGUGUUGUUUCUGAAGUAUCAUUAGUAGAAGAUUUAUUAGAUUGGACUGAUAUAUAUUUAGCUGGAAGAUUACAUAAACCAGUUAAAAUACUUAUGGAACCAAACGAAUAUUCUCAAUUAACUACAGCUUUAGUACAAAAUUUACAUUCAGCUGUACAUGCAGCUUUAUUAUUACUUCCACAAAAAAAUUAA